CUCACGGCGUCUGCUGCCGGUGUUGGAGUGUUAGCUUACGAGGCAUGCGGUAAAGGUGUACUCUAAUCCUUGAUAUAUAUGGAGCCACUUCCCUAGUAUGCCUACCUGGCUAGCUUUUUUGUUCUAUCGCAUAUAUAACCCCCCUCGUUCUUUCACAAUUGGCUUGACAAAAUCUUACUUAGCGAAAUACUUGUCACCUCUCCUCAGUUAUAUAUCCCGGGCUUUCCACGGGUACUCUGCUCUAGGAUAGCACAUUAUAUUUCAGCAGUGCGUGAAGCUCCCGCUCGCGUCUUCACCUAGAUUCCUUCAUUAUAUAUUCCGGACAAGGGUUAAAAUAGUCAUCGAAAAAGAUCAGCAAUACACCAGUACCAGCUUAUAACUAAAAGCCGAAGAGAUGGAAAAAUGCCCCGGAGCUUAACGCCAUAUUGUCCAUUCUUUGCAAUGAAACUACGGAUCACAUGCAUAAUAGUUGUAAGGAAAUAUUUUAGACAAGUUCCCUUUAACUGUGUCAGGUUUCCUCACCCCGUUUACUCGUAUGACACGCUCAAGUAUCUCAUGGAGAAAGAUACAGAAAGGUCAUAUAAACCCGGUGAGUGUCUCGAAAGCUAUGAGGCAAAAGUCCUGCAAAUAGGGAAACGGCGAAGAGGGUGGCCGAUUGGCCGCAAUUACACCGCCCAGCACGGUCGCGAAAAUAUCCCGGGCCGGAGCCUUGCUCAGCAUGUGUCAUUAUUACUAGCCCCGGGAAUAACCUGAGCCCAAAAGACUGGAAGUGCUUCAAAAUGGAGUGAGUAUAUUUUUGGAAGACAUUCAAAGAGGCAUCCUGGGCAAAAAUGCUCAACUUC